AUGCGGCGCCCCGGCACCAGCUUUGCCGACAAGAACAGCGUGCAGCGGCUGGCGGGGGACGCGCUCGCGGGGCUGCCCCAUAUCACAACCUUCAACCUGCCGGCGGGCCAGGGCAAGGGGCGCAAGGCGGUGCUGGACUUUGUGGGCAAGGAGAGCGUGGACCUGCUCGUCAUCGGGAUGUACAAGGGCUCAUGCAAGAGGAAGGGCCUGGCGCGGCGUGGCAACGCCACCACCAUAUACAACAGGUGUGCGUGCCCCGUGCUGGUGGUGCCCAUGAGUGAGGCGGCCCUGGUGGUGGCGGUCAAGGCCGCUGAGCUGGAGGCGGCCGCGGAGGAGGAGGCCGAGCUGGCCAGUGGCAGUGAGAGCGACAGCAGCGACGAGGGCGAGGAUGCGGCACGAGGCGCCUGGGCAGCCCACCGGGUGGGUGGCUGCCGCGCGGCCCUACCCUAA